AUGUCAAAUCUUGAAGAAUUAACUUUGUAUAUUAUUGUCCAUGAUCGAACUACAUUUAUCAAUGGUACUCACAUUUACAAUGAAAUUCUUGUUCAUAUGCCACGACUUCAUAUAUUUAAUUUUUAUAUCUCCAUCCACAUUGAAAUAGAUUCUUUAGUUCGUCGUUUAUCUAAAGAUGAUAUUCAAUGGAUAUUUAGUAAUAACAUAAAAUAUCAACAAGUGGAUUGUAUUAUAAACUAUGAAUAUAAAUUUGUUCAAUGUCAUGUCUUUUCAUUGCCGUUUAUGUUUGAAGAUCUCGAUAGUAUUGGUAAUAUAUUUCCAAAUAUUAUUUUCAGUCAUGUUAGAAGAUUAUCGGUGAUCGAUAAUGUUCCAUUUAAAUAUGAAUUUUUCAAUCGAAUUGCUUUCUCUUUUCCUUUGCUUAAAGACUUACGUGUUGUUAAUUUUAAUCGGCAAUCAUCAAUAUCAGACGACGAACGGAACUCGAAUGAUAAUCAAUUGUAUUCAAUUGUUAAAUUGAAUUAUCUUAUUUCGCUUCAUCUAGUGGAUGUUUAUAUUGAGUAUGUCGAUCAAUUUCUCAACGAGAGAAAAACACAUCUAGCUCGUCUAAUUAAAUUAACAAUUGAUUAUGAUCAUUUAACAAUCGUAACAAAUAACUUUACAAAAGAUACAACACGGCUUAAUUGUAUCAAUGUGAAAGAAUUAAAUUUCUAUAACAGAAGAGUAGAACAUUCAAAAGAUUUUUAUGUUUAUUUUCCUGUGUUAAAACCUUGA